GGGACGCAGACUGCUGUGGCAGGAGUCGGCUGGCUCGCGGCCACGCUCCGCCACUCCUCUGUGUCGGUCCAGGUGUGGGCCGCCGGUGGCGCAGUUACGGCUAUGAGCUAUUCUUGUUGCCACUUCGUGUCUGGUGCGUGUGGCCGUGCGCGCCGGGCCUACCGCCUGGGCGCCCAUGUAUGCCUCGGCGCGCACCUGGCCACUUUCUUAUGUCUGUUGUUUGUCCUUGUUGAGUUCCCAACGCGGUCGUAGAGGCCGGCUGGUUUUGGUCGUUCUGUUCUUGUGUGUCAGAGAGAGCUAUCGCUGGGGAGCAAGAUUGAAUGAAAGAGGGCGUUGCGCGUCCUGAUCAGUUGAAAUAGAGCGCAGGAUAGUUUCCUGGAGGGAUAUGGAGGGAACAGUAGAUAGGAACUACUUAAAUAGAUCCACUUGUUUGUACGAAAAGCACCUCUGAGCAGCGAUAAACCAGUGCAAAGGAACACAAUUGCCAGCACGGCCUUGAAAAUUAUACAUAGGGAAACGCACUCAGCUUGUUGGCUCGCAAGACGUUGAGGAUGAGCAAUGACAACGCCAAAGAAGACGCGGCGUCAGUGUAGGGAGAACCUGCCAUCUUCCCGAAGAUGGUGCCUGCGUUGCAUUCAGGGCGCCCCUUCUUGCGGCAUCAUUGUGCAGCACGUGUCUGGUGGGCGGGCACUCUCGCAGAGAUCAACCCGCCCGGGCGUGCGCUUGUUCCAGUGCGUGGGCGUCGCCUCCAACGAAUUGCAGCCAGUCGCCCGGGGCCCGCCGCGUCCAUCACAUGCGACAACGUGGCCAAUAAAAAAGAAAACCAGCGCAGACACCGAGCGAGGUCCUCGCGAUGAUUGCCCGGGCGGCGUGCCAAUCUUUGGCGGGGGGCGGGUGGGGGUUGCCUUUUCUUGGCGCCUUGGCCGCCUGAUCACUGCCGGGCACCUUGGGGGCCCGGUGAUGGAAAGGGCCGCGCGUGGUGCGCGCAGGCACAGACCUACUCCGAUCGGGGUUGCCCUUCUUUCGUGGUUGCAGCCUUUGCAUUGGUGGGACGGACCGACGGACGGACGGUGGGCGGCCUCUGUGUGCAUUGAAGUGCUGCGCCGCCGCGGCGACAGGGUAGGCCUUUACUGAAGCAGGCCAGCCCAGGCGCAAGACUAGUCGCGCACGCAGCUCCGCCUGGCCCGCCGCGCACCCGGGCGUGCACCGAGCGAGCGCCGGUUGCCGGCGCAAAUGAAUAGCUUCGCUCAGUUUGCUGCCGCCGACACUCACUCCGAUCGAUGUGUGCCGGGCCCAUUGCCUGGGAGGGCGCCCAUGUAUCUAUGCCCCGGAGCGUGUGUCAUUUAUUUUCCUACGUCCGCUGGCUGCGUUUGAGUUUGAAAUUGAAACUCAGACUCUUCAGUCGCAUGAGCUAUCGGUCUCUCUGCCCUUGUUCGUUAGAGUGAGAGAGGUGCCAGGAGAACGCUGAAAGAUAG